AUGAAUUCCCUUUUCAACUCCGCCCUGAAGCAGUCCUCGGCAAUUCGCCGGGACCUCGACACCUUCUCCCAGUCCCCUGCGACGUCCUCCGCAGCUUUGCAAGGGCAAAUCGCCGCCUCCCUCGCCUCCCUCUCCCGAACCAUCGACGACUACUCCGCGUUAUCGAAGAAGGAACUGAUCCCCGAGAAGCAAGAAAAGGCCUUUGAGCGCGUGAAGAAUUUCCGAUCAGAGCUCUCCGACUAUCGACAGCAUUUCGACCAGCUCCGCAAGGAGAGAGAGGAAGCGCAAUCGGUCACGAACCGCAACGAGCUGCUUGGUCGCCGUCCGCAUCACACCGCGACCCCAGAGAACCCCUACGCACAACCCUCCCAGGCGGCUGCCGCGUUUGGUCCGUCGUCUUCCCGGCCGGGUCUGAGUUUCGGCGCCUCUCCGGCCGACUACAAUCGGGAGACGCAUGCAUUGCGCGAGCAGACGUUCCUGUCCUCUACGAAUACGCAGCUGGAUGAGUUCAUUGAACGGGGACGGGCCGUCCUGGGGGAUCUCGGACAACAGCGCGAGAUCCUAAAGGGCACACAGCGCCGACUGUACAGCGUGGCCAACACGCUGGGGGUCAGCGGCGAGACCAUCCGCAAGGUGGAGCGACGCGCGAAGCAGGAUAAGGUGAUCUUUUGGGCCGGGGUGGUGAUCUUCUUUCUCUUCUGCUGGGCAGUGCUGCACUUUCUGAGGUAG